AUUAUUAUUAUAUCUAAAUGAUUGAAAUUUUCUAUUUUUCUUUUUAAAAAAAUAAUCUAAAUUUUUUCAUCAAUCAAAUCUUGAUACAAUUUGCUCAAAAAUUACCAGAAUGAGCAAAUCUCGACUCAGGGAAAACAUCAAUGGCACACGCACAACUGCAAAACUCACUGCUAUAACAUAUAAAACGCCAUACUCUGAGCACGCUCAGGGAAAAUGGAGGGAAAGCAAUCUGGUUCUAUGCACUGCAAAGUGUUGGGAAGAUUGAAAGAGCUUACUCGAUCGAUUGUUGAAGAUCUCGCGAACAAUCGCUCGCCGAUCAUUUACAUUGAUCGGUUCAGGAAUUACUGCAUAGACGGUUCAGGAAAUUGCUAUUGCAGCUCUGGUUUGUCAAAUGGGAAGGAAGUCGUUACACUGAAGAGGGAAAGCCAUGCACGUAGGUUAGAUGUUUUGUUAAGGGUGCUACUGAUUGUUCAGCAACUUCUGCAAGAAAAUCGUCAUGGUUCAAAAAGAGACAUAUACUACAUGCACCCUUCUAUUUUUAAAGAACAAGCAACUGUUGACCGAGCAAUUAAUGAUAUUUGCAUACUUUUGCAAUGCAGUCGACAUAACCUGAAUGUGGUCUCAGUUGGGAAUGGAUUGGUGAUGGGAUGGCUGCAAUUUGUAGAGGCUGGGAGAAAAUUUGACUGUAUUAACAGUCCAAACACAGCACACCCCAUUCCUGUGCAUGUAGAAGAAGUUGACAAUAUUAUUAGUGUUGCCCAGUACAUUUUAGUUGUGGAAAAGGAAUCAGUAUUCCAACGACUAGCAAAUGAUCAAUUCUGCAAAAGAAAUCGUUGCAUUGUCAUCUCAGGAAGAGGCUAUCCUGAUGUUCCCACAAGGAGAUUCCUGCGGCUCCUCACUGAGAAGCUGCGCCUGCCUGCAUAUUGCUUGGUAGAUUGUGAUCCAUAUGGCUUUGACAUCUUGGCCACAUACAAAUUUGGCUCUAUGCAAAUGGCCUAUGAUGUAAAAUUUCUGUGUGUCCCCGAGAUAAAGUGGCUUGGAGCAUUUCCUCUAGAUUGUGAUAACUACUGUAUUCCACAGCAAUGUCUUCUACCCUUGACAGAAGAAGAUAAGAGGAGAGUUGAGGCAAUGUUACUAAGAUGCUACAUGCAAAGAGAAGUGCCUAGAUGGAGGAUUGAAUUGGAGCUGCUGCUAGAGAAAGGAGUCAAAUUUGAGCUUGAAGCGUUAUCUGCCUGUUCACUUUCAUUUUUGUCAGACGAGUAUUUACCAUCUAAGAUCCAAGGAGGAGGCUACAUCUGAAACUUUUUCUGUCACGUUAUAUCCCUUUAGUUUGCCUAAUUAUAUUUGUUUUUGUUUUUUUUUAAAGACUCUUGAGAGGAUAAUUGUUUGGAAGCAACUGUUAAAUUGGACAUUUAACUGUCGCAAUUUGUAAGUUUGUACAAAUGGAUUUUUUUUUGGGUGUAGUCGGGUGGUUAAUCCAUUCGCUGAA